UUAAAGUGGAUACAUAUGAACAUUUGGAUGCGCUGGGUGCUUGUUUUCCAUGGUGUACUAUGGCUCAAGAGAAAGACAUAUCUACAAAUCUUGAGGCCCAUGUAAAAUCCUUACACAUAACACUAGCAUACCACUUUGAGGCCUCAGCGUAUGAUGCAUUGAAAAAACUUGUUGAGGAAUUAAGACCUGAGGCACUUAGCAGUUGGGAACUAAGAUUGUACUCCCGGGACCCUCGUUUUGCUAAUCACCUGGUCCAUAAAGUGACGCAAAGUUACAUUCCAGUAGCAAAUGAUGAAUUGGAACUAGUAAUUGGAGAUUAUAUUUAUAUUGAGGAAAAACAAUUUGACAGCAGUCCGGACGGCUGGGUUCAUGGCACGUCUUGGCUCACAGGCGUAAGCGGCUACUUACCGGCUGUAUAUACGCAACGCACGGCCGAGUCGGACGCGUGGACGCUGCACCGCGCGAUCACAUUGGGGAAUAAUUUAGGUGCAGAAUCGAAGUCGGAGUCUGAAACUGAUGCAGAUAUGGCCAGCUAUCCUCACGAAGAUGCCUCCAAUCUCGCCCAGGAAAAGUCUGAAGAUACCUACAAAGAUUGGGAGAAAUACUGGAAAGCUGUAACCUUCGACAAGGCUGAGCCAGGAAUUUUGAAUGUUAUAGGAGAUAGGGGACUCGAUUUAAAAUCGGAAAAGGCAUGUGGUAACGGCGACACUGCGUCAAUGGGGGACUGUAAGGAGGCAAAAGCGAAAGAUGGAAAGGAACGUCGGUGGAUGUUAGGGAUGCGUCACGGCGAAAGGGUCGACUUGACUUACGGCGCUUGGGUGCCUUACUGCUUCGAUGAUAAUGGGACUUACGUCAGAAAAGACCUUAACAUGCCGAUAAAGUUGGGCGAAAGGAAAGGGGGGAAAGACUCGUAUGCGCUGGACACUCCGUUGACUCGGGUUGGACACCUGCAAGCUCAGCUGGUGGGUGAAGGCAUGCGUCUGAAUGGCGUCACAGUCAAACACGUGUACGCAUCCGCUGCGCUACGUUCCAUUGAAUCAGCCCAUAGCUUCCUGCUGGGUCUACAGGCAGAUCCAUCUGUAAAGAUUCGUGUUGAACCAGGAUUAUUUGAAUAUAAGAUGUGGUAUCUGACUAAAGGAAUGCCAACCUUCAUGACGCCUCAGGAACUUCACGAUGCCGGAAUUAAUGUUGACGUCAAUUACAAACCCUAUAUUGACUUAGACCCUAAAACCCCAGAGACCUUGGAUGAUUUCUUUAAACGAAAUGAAUUGGUUAUGCAAUCGGCUUGGAAAGAAUCUCAGGCUGAAGGUGGCAACAUUAUGUUCGUCGGACACGCGGCAACACUAGACAUGAUGGUGUUGGCAUUUAAAAGAUUGGCGGAAGGCAAAACUGACGAACCCAACUACCAGAUCAGUCAGAAUCUAUUAAGAGUACCAUACUGUGCGGUUGGGGCCGUACGAGACAACCCUUGGGAGGUAGUUUCUCCUCCCUGCCCUCCGUCCAUCAACUCCAGCUCAGCCAGAUUUAAUUGGAAAAUGCAUCUUGAUGUAUAAAUUCCAGACCAGAGCCAGAACUCCCAGAAAAAUUGUGAUUGUAUGCUUGAUUUGGAUUAGUUAGGUAAUUGCUACAACUUACAUUUUUUAGUUGGUUUUUUGUUAGAAAUAGUUAAUCUUUUACAAGGGGAAGUUUUAGCAAACUGCUUUUUGCAGGAAAAAUUGCGCAAAUUUCUUUGAACCAGGAACUGAGACAUAGUUAACUGCUGACUUAAAAUAAAUAUUGGUAGUCAGAUUGUCUUAGGGGCCGUUCAAGUAUUACGUAAGCACUAUAGGGUAUUCCUUUGAUUUUCUUAUUUGGUGAUUACUUCAACAGUAAUUAUUUACUUUUUUACACACAUUACCCACACAUUGUCUUCGAAAUGCAUUUUAGAGGAUUCCUACAAAAAAAUAAUACGUAAUUGAGAGCUUUGCUUACUUUUUCUGACAAGAGGAGGGGGAAAUAGAUUGCAGUAAAUCUGCUUACGUAAUAUUUGAACGGCCCCUUAUUCAACAAUAGUUAUUAUUACCUUAUUUAACAUAUGUUAAAUUUUAUGUUAUUACAUCCACAUAAUUUGUGGCAUUUUUAUAUUCUUAGGGACAUGGAGUUUUCUUAUGUCCCGGUUUAUGUUUUAGUACAAAUAGUAUUUUCUGAGUGUAAAUACUUAAAUAUAAAAAUAGAAGGUUGAAGAAAUUCACAUCUCCCUGAUUCCUUGUUAAGUAUUAUAAGCCAGGAUUUGUGUAUGGCUGAUGAGGCUAUAAAAUUAGUUAAAAUCGUAUGUCAAUUUGAAUCAUUUACUAUUAUAGUAUUAAAUUAUAUGGACUUUCAAACAGAUAAGUAUAGAUUUUACGAGGUCAACUGAAAAUAGAAAUGACCAUAGUUUUAUUGUUGUAUGAAGUUUGAAAAUAGUCCCUGAAUAUAGAAAUUCUUUAGUCACUUUUCAGCAUUUGUGAUAAAGUUUUGUGAGAUCAUAGUAACCUCUUGAUAUAGAUGGUUCAGGACUUGGGUUUUGACAUACAUACAACUAUAUGGUCCGGGAUUCAAUAUUGUCAGCAUAACAUGGAACUUUUGAGUAGGAAGCUACGGAUGGAUCUCUUAGUGAAUUUAAAAAAAAUUGUGCUUGAAACACUAAAAAUGUGUCCUUUCCCUCAUGGGGGACUUAUUCCUUUCUUGAUGAAAGCUAUUUUUUAUGUUAAUUAAGUUAUAUUUUUAACCAUUAUUUUAUGUUCAACUAUGUAUUGCAUUGUGGACGCCCUCUGCCCCAUCUAGGGGUUAUGGGACAUUAAGUAUAUAUUGUAUCAAUGUACUGAAAAGAUCUUAAUUAUAAGUGUAAGGUUUAUAGCAAGAAGAUUUAUUCUUUGUGUAAUAAAAUAUAUUUUUAA